CCGCCUCCGACGUAUCUCUCCUCCAUCUCCAGGCUCCAACCCUAAUCAUUGAUCCAUUAUUUAUUUAUUUCUUGGGCUCCCUCUCUCCCAUGUCACUGUGGGACCGGGACUUUUUCAGUUACACCCGUUAGUCUCGUACAAGUCUUUGCGUGAAAUCCGAACCGUCGCCAAACCAAACCCUCGGUGGCGGUCUUUCCGACAGGGAGACAAACCCCCCUGCGGGCCGUCGAUAGUAUCAAGCGGACUAUCUUUCUCUUAAAUCGCGGCCCACACCGCUUCCCUCCCUUCUUUUCCCUUUUCCUCUCCUCUCCUCCCCCCUCCUCCUCCCUCCCGACCAUCCAACAUGGCUGCGACUCUAAUUCCGCGGACGUUUCGCCCGGCCGACGGUGAGGAGGCCGAACCGGGGUGGUUGAAGCGUCAGGUUACCAACGUCCUGCAAACCAUCUCGCGCCGUGCUUGUCUCCAUCCCAUUCACACCAUCGUGGUCGUCGCCUUGCUCGCCAGCACCACCUACGUCGGGCUCAUCGAGGGCAGUAUUUUCGAUACAAUCCGAAACCCGAGGAAUGUCGCUGGUCAAGUGGAUGUCGACACCCUUCUCCAGGGCAGCAGGAACCUCCGUUUGGGUGAAAGCACUUCCUGGAAAUGGCAGGUAGAUGACGCGUUGACGCACAAUGAGGGCGAGGUAAGUCUGCCAUUGACAACGCCAACCUAUUCUUGCAUUGCUCGUGCCAUUCUAACCAUGAUCUUGUUGCUUCCCUCUAGGUCGCCCAGCAUCUGGCAUUGGCCACCUUCAUUUUCCCUGACUCCCUGUCGCGAUCCGCCUCCACGGCCCCCGUCGCGGAAGAAGUACCCGUUCCCGCCAACGCCUCCGCGCAGGUGGUUCCUCACACCCCGAACCUCUUCUCGCCUUUCUCCCAGGACUCGUCGCUCGCCUAUGCUCUUCCCUUUGAUCAGGUUCCUCAAUUCCUGAAGGCGGUGCAGGAGAUCCCCGAUCCGUCGGCGGACGAGGACAUUGGCGAGCAGAAAAAAUGGAUUAUGCGUGCGGCUCGCGGCCCAGCUUCUGGCUCGACCCGAUCGUUGCAACUCUGGUUGACCGAUGCCUGGAGCUCCUUUGUGGAUCUGAUCAAGGUACUGUCUCUUUGGACGAACAUAUUCAUUUCUAGGUACAUCGAUUGCUAACGCCGCGUCAGCAUGCCGAAACGAUCGAUAUUGUCAUCAUGACUCUGGGCUAUCUUUCCAUGCAUCUCAGCUUCGUCUCCCUGUUCUUCUCCAUGCGUCGUCUCGGCUCGCGGUCCUGGUUGGCAUUCACCGUUCUUCUGUCCGGCAUGUUUGCCUUCCUCUUCGGUCUCCUUGUGACGACUAAGCUCGGUGUCCCGAUCAAUAUGCUUCUUCUGUCCGAGGGUCUUCCUUUCCUCGUCGUUACCGUUGGAUUUGAGAAACCGAUCAUUCUCACUCGUGCCGUGCUUCACGCGUCCGUGGACCGCAAGCGCCAGGGUGCCCCAGGUACCGCUCCCAACCAGCCCGCUCCGAGAUCCAUCCAGGACUCGAUUCAGACUGCGAUUAAGCACCAGGGAUUCGAAAUUGUUCGUGACUACUGUAUUGAGAUCGGCAUCCUGGUCGCCGGAGCGGCUUCUGGGGUGCAGGGUGGUUUGAGACAGUUCUGUUUCCUCGCGGCUUGGAUCCUUUUCUUCGACUGCGUGCUCCUCUUUACGUUCUACACCACCAUCCUUUGCAUUAAGCUCGAGAUCACGCGCAUUAAGCAUCAUGUUGCGACGCGCAAGGCCUUGGAGGAGGAUGGAAUCACUCAGCGGGUUGCCGAGAACGUCGCGUCCAACAACGACUGGCUCCAGUCGAGCUCGGACAACGAUGGCGACACCAGCAUCUUCGGAAGAAAGAUCAAGUCCAGCAACGUCCGCCGCUUCAAGAUCCUCAUGGUGGGAGGCUUCGUCCUGGUCAAUGUGGUUAACCUAUCCGCCAUUCCGUUCCGCAACUCCGCCAACAACUCGAAUAUUCCCAUCAUCUCGCGGGUCUCCAACGUGCUGGCACCGACGCCGAUCGACCCCUUUAAGGUUGCUGAAAAUGGUCUCGACUCCAUCUACGUCUCCGCCAAGAGCCAGAUGAUGGAAACUGUCGUAACUGUCAUUCCCCCUGUCAAGUACAAGCUGGAAUACCCUUCGGUGCACUACGCCGUCCCUGAGGAAGGUCAGUCUUUCGACAUCGAAUACACCGACCAAUUCCUGGACGCGGUUGGUGGACGAGUGAUCGACAGCCUCCUGAAGAGCGUCGAGGACCCGAUCAUCAGCAAGUGGAUCAUCGCUGCCUUGACUCUGAGCAUCAUCUUGAACGGCUAUCUCUUUAACGCCGCCCGGUGGAGUAUUAGGGAACCCGAGGCCGCUCCUCUUCCCCCUAAGGUGGCUCCCGCCGAGCCGAAGGAAUACCCGAAGAUCGAUCUCAACAACCCUGAAGGCCCCACGAGAACGCCCGAGGAGUGUGAGGCCAUGCUCAAGGACAAGCGCGCUGCUUACCUGACUGAUGAGGAACUGAUUGACCUUUCUGUCCGCGGCAAGAUCCCUGGAUACGCUCUCGAAAAGACGAUGGAAAACGAGGACCUCAUGAGUCGGGUUGACGCCUUCACCAGAGCGGUCAAGAUCCGCCGAGGUGUCGUCUCCCGUACCAAGGCUACCGCCGCUGUGACGAGCUCCCUGGAGAAGUCCAAGCUCCCGUACAAGGACUAUAACUACAGUCUCGUCCACGGUGCCUGUUGUGAGAACGUCAUUGGUUACUUGCCCUUGCCUCUUGGUGUCGCUGGUCCUCUUACUAUCGACGGUCAAAGCUACUUCAUUCCCAUGGCUACUACUGAAGGUGUCUUGGUUGCCAGCGCCAGUCGCGGUGCGAAGGCUAUUAAUGCAGGUGGCGGUGCCGUUACCGUUCUCACGGGCGACGGCAUGACCCGAGGCCCCUGCGUUGGUUUCCCUACUCUUGCCCGAGCCGCUGCUGCCAAGGUCUGGAUUGAUUCCGAGGAGGGUACGAGCAUCCUGACUGCAGCGUUCAACUCCACCAGUCGGUUUGCCCGUCUCCAGCAUCUCAAGACUGCGCUUGCCGGCACCUAUCUGUACAUUCGAUUCAAGACCACCACCGGCGAUGCCAUGGGUAUGAACAUGAUCUCGAAGGGUGUGGAGAAGGCGCUUAGUGUUAUGUCUACCGAAUGUGGCUUUGACGAUAUGGCCACCAUCUCGGUUUCCGGAAACUUCUGCACGGACAAGAAGUCUGCUGCGCUCAACUGGAUCGAUGGCCGUGGUAAGUCGAUCGUGGCCGAGGCUAUCAUCCCGGGAGACGUCGUUCGCAGCGUUCUGAAGAGCGAUGUCGACGCCUUGGUUGAACUGAACACCAGCAAGAACUUGAUCGGUAGUGCGAUGGCGGGAAGCUUGGGUGGCUUCAACGCGCACGCUGCUAACAUGGUCACGGCUAUCUUCCUUGCCACCGGUCAAGAUCCCGCGCAGAACGUGGAAUCGAGCAGUUGUAUCACGACGAUGAGAAAUACCAAUGGUAACCUCCAAAUCUCCGUGUCCAUGCCUUCUAUUGAAGUCGGCACUAUUGGUGGCGGUACUAUCCUCGAGGGACAAUCUGCCAUGUUGGAUAUGCUCGGCGUUCGUGGCGCCCACCCCACCAACCCCGGAGAUAAUGCUCGCCAGCUUGCGCGCAUCGUCGGUGCUGCCGUUCUUGCCGGAGAAUUGAGUCUGUGUUCCGCUUUGGCCGCCGGUCACCUCGUCCGGGCUCACAUGGCACACAACCGGAGUGCCGCUCCCACUCGGUCGGCCACUCCUGUCUCGGCGGCUGUCGGGGCGGCUCGUGGUCUGAGCAUGACGGGCUCCAAAUAAUAGCCAAGUCUAGUGUGUAACCAAUCUUACUUUACCACUGGAAAGGAAAUCCACCGCUACUUUGUGGUGGUAUUAUCUAAGGGGCUCCUUCUUUCUACCCCUUACCUCACGGCCGUUCUCCCAAUUGGGCAUUCACACGAUACCCCAAUGUUCCCCGGCCACCAACCAAAACGCUCUUUUGGAGAGUUUCGUCGUGUCUUUUAUUUGGAUCCUUGGAUCUCUUGUAUUUUUUUUUCUUCUUCUUUGCUUUUGGUACAUCGUUCUCUGUAUGGUGAUACUGAUCUGUACCCGAAAGAGGACACUUCCAUUUCGUGGGGAUCAGUACCUGGAGUCUAGGAGUACUGAAACUUUUUAUCGGCGCCGGAUGCGCUCAGACUUGGACAUGAUAGAAACACGGUCAUGUCGACACCACGCGAACAGAAAAGGGGUUCAUUUUUAUUUUAACGAAGGGGAGAGCUGGUGAUCGAUGGACUGGAUGGGAAAUGAACAUUUACAACCUAUGUAUAAUUCCAUAGAACGAAUAUGAACAUGUUUGCUAGUU